CGCUCGAUCGACGACGAUUCUCUUCUGGGGCUCUUGGGCUUGGGCUGCGGCAACGGUGGCAAAAGGCAACCCCAGGUUGGACCCAGUGAUCAUUAAGCCGUUUGGAUUGGUUUGAGGAACACCUCGGCGUUGAAGCUCGGAGUGACAGGUUGACGAAAAGCUGCACACCCAAAUUGAAUUCAGCUGUCAAACUUCAGAGGAGAAGCUUCAGGAGAACUUCCGCCAGGGACCAGCCAGCGUUCCAAUCCGAAUCGACCAUGAAGCAGUUCAGUAGGAGAUCUUCCGCCGUGGCCGUGGUGGCGCUAGUGUUCUGCGUCGGGGCCGCACUGGCCGCGCCCGGAAGUACCCGGGUCAAGCGGGAGGAGGACGUUGCGGAGCUGGUGAACCCGGUCGCAUCCGAGGACAUCGCCUUCAGUAACGACCUUGACCGUGACAAGCGAAAAAUUCCCGACCCAAAGUACGAGGCGAAAAAUGCCAUCCUUGGAUUCGUGUUUGGAAAAAUCAACUCCCUGAUCGACGCCAAGACGCGCCUCGUCGACAAGCUGGACCAGGCCAACAUCGAGAAGAACCGCCAGCACCACAUCGAAUCGCCCAAGCCCAUCACCAGCUUCCAGUCGCUGGUGUCGUCGGUGAUCACGCCCAAGGUGCAGUUCAUCACGUCCAAGAUCGGCUCGCUGAGCGGCGGUCUGCUGGGUGGAUCGUCGGGCGGAAGUGGCGGAAACGGCGAUGAUCACGGCAACGGAAGUCCGGCGGCGCCCGGCCUCGGCGGAGUUGUGUCCUCGCUGUUGAAGCUGUCCGGGCCGAUUCUGUCCGGAUCGUCCGGCGGCGGCAACGGCGGCGGCUCCAACUCGGUGUCGCUGGGCGAUAACGACGAUGAUGAUGACCUGGGGUCCAAGUCGUGGCUAUUUGUGUGCGUGCGUGGAAACUCGGUUGUACAUACUUCCCGUUCGUGGUGGGAAAAUGCUUGCCAACUCAUUUUCACUCCUGGUCUGUGCGGGUUCGUUGUUCGUUUUUUGUUGUUGUUGGAAUCGAUUAACCAAGUCUUUUGUUUUGCGGUUGUUCUGGUUGCGCAUGGAAAUUUGUCUGUCUGGUUUCUGGCCAGCAAGCAAUCGAGCCAAGCCCUGAAGGACGCCAUCAACCCAACCAAGGCCCCGAUCCCCUCGACGACGGACGACACGCCGGACUUUAACCGCCAGAAGGUGUCCCUCCAGGUGCCGGACGAGCUGUUCGGCAGCUCGUUCACUCUCGUGACCAACAUCUCGACCCGCGUGGGCAACCUCAUCAUGAGUUCUGCCCGCCGUGCCGGAGAGUUUCUGUGGAUCUUCCAACCGCUGGUGGGGAACAAUCUGAAGAUUGAUCUACCCACGACAACGACCACCACGCCGAGAACCACGACGAGGACGACGAGGGCUACGACUACGGCCAGCAGUGCGGUUGCGACGAACGAAAUCAAGUGAUGGGCUUUUGAGGGAGCUUUUCGAAACGAUACCACAAAUCCUAAUAGAUUCCUUAUGCUUAAACGAUGAUAUUUAUUCAGACAGGCUCACAAAUUCCGAUGGUGUACUGAAGGUGUAGGAAAUUGCACGCAAUUAUUUUGCUUUUUUAUAUAUUUUUAUUUAUUUGAACUAAAUAGUUACAACAUGGAAGUUACCACCACUACAAGUUAGGUUCAUAGUUAAAUAACGGUAUUUACAAUGGUAAAAGAGAAGAAAAAAAUUUGAGGACUCACA